GAGAGAGAGGAAGUAUGUCUUCCUUUCUCACUAUAGGAUCUCAUACUCCACCCGUCAACAAUUGAUCAAACAUGACGGAAAUAUUUAAGGUAAAUACAUAUACAUUCAUAUCUUCACAAAUUAAAAUGUGGCUGGCUUUUUGUUUGUUUUUGAUUGGAGGGUUUGAAUUGAACUUCUCUACUCUCUUGAUUAAAACUAAACUUAUAAAUGAUAUGACAUACGACAUUGUUCCACCUGGUUUGGGAACAGGUGAUAAAGUGUGCACUUUUCAUUAAAGUGUCAUAAAGUGAGACCGAAUGUUCUGUUACAGCAUUGAGAGGUGUGUUUUGUCUGCCAUGCUCCAGCCAGAGGGAUGUUUCUGGAUGGAUUUAUGGUAUUAAACAGAAGGCAACGUAAAGCCACCACAGUCUCGAGGCGAAGUUGUCAGCUCUAUAUCAUCAUGAUGGUAGAUCACACCGUGUUCUUUUUAUCUCUGUUAGUAAGAUGUUGAGCCCACCGAGUCCAGCCCAGAAGAGGGUCAAUGAAGAGGAUAGCUCCGGAUCUGAUGCAGGGUCAGAGGUCAGCCUAGAACGGGAAACAGACCGGUUUGGCUUUAUUUUGACCAAUGGAUCCACAGCUGGGUAAGCAGUUUUUCAGAAUUACUUAAAUAUCCCCCCAAAAGAGACAAUUUGAUUUAGAGAAAGACAAUGACAUCUGUGGUGGCUGUUUGGAUUAGUAGUCUGAGUCUCAUGGUAGACAAACCCACGGAGAUCCUCAGGUUUCUAUUUUCUCUAUACAGAAGGUUUUGUAAAAUGCCAAGGUUUUUAUGUUUUAAUUUCAUUAGUUAACAUGCGCAGUUAUAAACACACAUCAUUUAUACUUAAGUCAACAAUAAGCCUACAUAAAGACUUAAUGUUCCUUUUUCCCAACUGUAGAAUAAAACAUUUUCCAGCUAGUAAUGCAUUAGUAUGUUGUUCAGGUUUUUAUUUCUUCCAACAUCUGUGGCUUGUUGACCCGUUAAAAAAGCGAUUUUGUGACCUUUUAUCCACCGUCAUCAUCAUUGCUGUCUGAAGGAUGACAUAAGCCCUGACAAUUCUGGCAAAGAGAAACGUUUAAGUUUUAGACUUUAUUUCUUUUUCUUUUUUUCAAAGUUAGACCAUGUAGUUUUCUUGCAAAGGGAAUCACUUACAAUCGAAACAAUAAAUGAUUUUCAUUUUCUGUAACCACAGCAUCUGGACACACCUUAAAUUUUUUUGACACUCAAGAUGGUAACCACUGCACUGGUUUUUCCUCCACUUGUGCUUUCAGGCCGUUUACACCACUUGGUAUUUAAAUAUUUUCCAGUUCCUUCUGCAAAUGUCCGGUAUGAUCAGAGACUUAUUGUUCCCCUGAAUGCUGAAACACCGUUACAGUAGCAGAUAACAAGUUCAGUUAAAGUUUAUCAGGGGCAGGUCGUAAAAGAGUUUGUUUUUCCUCAGACCACGACUUUAUUCCAAUAGUUUUAUGAGACAAAAAAUGUAAAAUGAAAUAGGAGAAAUAGAUAUAAAACAGAGCAGAGUUAAAUCUGUGUGAGGUUUGAGGUGUCCCUAACCCUGCGGUACAAGAGAGAAAACUUAGACUGAUACUUUGAGAUCAUCUGAUAAUCUUUAAAAUUCAUAGAGAAGUAUAAAUUAAAACACACUACAUAUUUCAAUGUGUGUGACUGUAUCUUUAGGUGACACACUUUAUAAAGUGGCUUAAGUUCAGGGCAAGAUCAGGUUAACUAGCUGCUACCUGCUACCUUUAACGUCUCCCCCCUCUGUUAACAUCCUGACCUGUUGUCAUGGAGACUUCAAACUGCAAGCGCGUGGUUUUCCUGUUUCCUGUCUUGAACUGUGAGUGCUGUCUUCUACAGUGAAAACACACAAACCAGCAUGCAGCAGUUUUGCAUAGUAACUUAAAGCCCCCUUGUUUAAUGACCAGUCUGUACUUUACAAUAAAAGGGUUGGCAGAAGAAAUGACCCCUUUGUCUACAAAUACAUCAUUCAACUAAUGAAAAAACUUGUUUCAUCUGCUGAUUUAUGUCAGGAGUGUUGGUCCAGCCCCCAAACUGGUCAGACAGAGGGAGGCCAAAUGGAUAAGCAUCAUCGGCCAAUGGGAUCGUAUCCUGUUAAAAAAGACUAGUAAGGUGUGUGGUGAUUCAAAAAAUAAAAAUAAAGAAGAAAAUCCAAAACUGAACGAUAGAUGACAUUUUGGGUGAAAUUACUCUGCUUCUAUGUCUGCGUUAGGUCAAAGUUCAGUGUCAGAAAGGCAUCCCAGCCUCCCUCAGGGCAAAGGGCUGGCCUCUACUAUGUGGAGCGACCAACAAGAUGAAACAAAACGAAACCCUGUAUCAGGUAAGAGACUUAAACGCUGUCACUGUGGUCAAAAUGUUCAGAUCAGCUGCUACAGCCACAGAGUCCAACUAUUUAGAUUUACAGAGUAAAGUUUACAUUUGAAGUCCUUUUUUUCCCAGCCUAUUUUAAGAUGGUAGGAUUUCUUUUUAUUCUUCGUUUUAGUGAUUCAGCAUUUUUGCUGAAAUAUUUCAGAUGUCUGUGAUCAAAUUAGAAGUUUAUCAUUUGACAAGCAGAUGGACAGAUUUUAAGAUGACAAACUAUUAAAGCUGCUGUUUUGUUUUACACCACUAUUCUUUGGUGUAGAAUCACUAAAUGACAUUAAAUGCUGGUUAGUUGAAGCACUAAGUGUACAAAACGUUCAUCCAAGCACAAAUAUCAUCUUGUCCUGGUUGUUCCUGUUGGUCAAUAAAACUAGAAAGGCUUCCUACUAAGAUUUGUUUAUGAUUUGUAUAUACAGUUGACUCAACUCUGUUUUAUCUCUGUUAGUCUCUGGACUUGCAGCCUGCGCUGCAGAGCUGGGUAGAUGUGAUUGAGAGAGACCUGGACCGACAGUUUCCUUUCCAUGAAAUGUUCCUCUCUAAGGAUGGACAUGGGUAGGAAAUAUGACCUGAACUUAUGUUUUGUUCAGCUGCAUAACCUCUCUCUUUUCAAUUUCCUGAUGUCUUAGUUUUUCUGUUGUCAAGGGGAAUUUACACCUAACAAUCAUGCAGAUGUUAUUUUUAUCCAAACAUCAUAAUAUCUAAAGUUAAGAUUUGUUUGUCUGCAGGCAGCGUGGUUUGUUUCGAGUGUUGAAAGCUUACACUCAGUACCAACCAGUGGAGGGUUACUGUCAGGCACAGGGUCCAGUGGCUGCAGUGCUGCUGAUGAACAUGCCAGCUGAGGUAGUGAUCAAUCGUACUGCUAAUCCCCUUUUUUUUUGAUAAAUGAACUGUAACUGCAUUUGGUGCUGAUCCACUGACAUUACAUCAAAAUCUCACCUCAUAUGACCCUGGCAGGAAGCGUUCUGGUGUUUAGUGCAGAUCAGUGAGCAGUACCUGCCUGGAUAUUACAGCCCCCUGCUGGUGAGGACCACCACACACGCACAUACUUAGAUGUCUGACACUGCAUUUCUUUCUUACCACUAUCCCAUCAUACACUCAUAACUACCUGUUAGGCUUCUUCAUGGAGUUCUACAACUCAAAUGGAAGUUUGUGAAAGUUUCUCUGUCUUCUACUCAAAAUUGAUGCAUUUUUCAAUCAGUGUGUGGACUGUGAAGCUUAUUUCAGUCACUGUUUGGUAGGUCAGCAGCAAUGACAAAUAAAGUGACUGAUCUAUUGCCUUAAUUUGUAUUUUCCUAAACUGUCAAACCUUUUCUUACUAUUCUCCUUUUUAGGAGGGGGUCCUGUUUGAUGCAGCCAUACUGAGCAAGGUAUUAAAGAGAACAUGUCCAGCUGCUCACAAACAUCUACAGCAGCACGGCGUGGAGCCGCUCAUGUACGCCACUGAUUGGCUGAUGUGUCUUUUCACACGUCAUCUGCCUUUCAACACCCUGCUGAGAGUCUGGGACCUUUUUUUCUGCUUUGGUAUGUCACUAAUACAUUUGUUUACAAGGAAGCAACAAAGAAUUUUAUUUAUGUCUUUUAUAAUUUUCAGUUUUGUUUAAUGAAAAAUAAUCAAGGGGCUGGAGUUAGGUUGUUUGUUUGACUAACCUCUAAAAUAAUUCACAUCAAUUUAAGUAAAGCUCAUGAUGUGAUGCACCUGACGUCCUCUGCUCUGGGGUGCAGGUGUGCGGGUGCUGCUUCAGGUGGCGGUGGUUCUGGUGCGUCGGGUGCUGGGUCGAGCGGAGCAGAGGAGGCAGUGCGAGGGCCAGAUGGAGACUCUGGAGAAGCUGAGGGGUGUCAAGGAUCAGGUCCAAGAAGAUGACGACACCUUCAUAGCAGAGGUGAAAUUGAAACCAAGUAUCUUGUUGUUACUAAAAGACAAACAGCUCAGAUUUUAGUCCUCGUCUAGUUUCCGGGCCUGUUAGCGAUGCUGCACAGAUGUUUGAAGGUAGUGUUGACAUACAGGGUUCUCUGGAUAUACAGUUUUAUCCACAGCACUUUUUGACUCUUUGUUAAUGUCCUCUCUGAUUCACUCCACUAAAUUAUUAGGGCAAUGACUACAAACUAUUUCUAGAAAGAAGAAAAAAGUGGUCUAGUAAACAAACUUACUUCACAACAACUUCAGCAUGAAUUUAAAGCAACACUUUUUUUAUCUUCUCAGGUGUGCUCUGUGCAGCUUUCAGCCAAAGAUCUUGAGAAACAAACAGAGAAGCAGCUUGAAAAGUGGAGAAAUGAACGACCCUCAUCCACCUUUGACCCCAGAGGCCGCUGCCAUGGAUACCAGAUGGCGUGGGCGAGGAUUCGCCACACCGAGGAGGAACGGGACAAGAGGGAGAGAGAGAAAGGGAACCUGACGGUCCCUCUUGUUCGUUCAGCCUCCACUCUCUCACUUUCUCCGUCCCUCCUUCAGAAGUGGAGAAAAGGGGGGAAGGUCAACACAGGAGAAUGGGAGGGCGGAGGCAAAGUUGUGAGGCAUCUCUCAAUGGGGGCAAAAGAAGACUGGAGGAGCUGGACUGGAUCACCUGUUAGGAAGGUGAAGGAGGUUCAGGAGGAGGAGGAUGUAGACUCAGAUGAAAGCAAAGAAAAAAGUGAGCAGGAUCUAAGACAACAAACUUCACAGGAAGAAAUUUUAGAGGUAUCUGAGAGUGCAGACACGAUCCAAAAUGUAACAACUGAGCAUGUCACACAAAGAUUAGUGUUAGAGGAAGAAAAAACUGAGCACGUGGAAAAGUCAAACAAUGAACAGGAAAACAGCCAAAUGGAAGAGACAGAGCAAAAUCAAAUGUUAUCAGAAGAAACAGAGGGACCAGCCAAAGAUCAGACUGAUGAAGAUAUUCUCUAUACACCUGAACAGAUCUCCAAAGAUCAGGAAGUCCUGAAACAGCAGAGUCACAAAAGCAAAGAGCCGGAAAUUCAAGAGGAAAUUGAAAACAAAGAUACAGCAGAGCAAACAGAAAGUGAACAACCUGCUGCUGAGGAGGAAAAUCAGACUGAAACACAGAAAGAUGCUGAUGUAGAUUCAAAUACUGAGGUGGAGUUGGAAGGAAGGGCCGAUCUGAGUGAGGAGCAGGUGAAUCAAGCUGACUUGAAACUGGAGGAGAGGACAGAAACAGAAAAUAUUCAAGAGACACAGUUCGAAACGGUUACAGAAGUUCCUGUAACAGCUAACGAGGACAGUACGUUGAACGCUCUGACAACCAAAGAUCCCCUGAUGCAACAUCAGAAUGUGAUCACAGAGAACGAAAGAAACCCACAGGAAGAUUCAUCAGAAAAGGAGGACCACAAAGAUGAGUCAUUAGCAGCAUCAGACGUAAAUGAACCCCACGCUCAAGCAGAAAUAGACACUGAUGUACUGUCACAGACUCAAGAGGAAAAUACAACUGUGCAGGAGAAACAGGAGCCGGAAGAGGAAAAUAAUCUAAAACAACAUGUCACUUCAGAGACAGAGGCAGAAACAGCAUGUUUGUAUUCACCUGAAUGCACUGAACCAAAAGAUGGCUCGAACAGUACCCCUGAUUCAGGCACUGAAGCUACUGAAGAAACGGUGACAGACAAACAAGAAGAAUCUGCUCCAACUUCAAAUAAGGAGUGUGACUCUGAUACAUGUACAGCUGCACAGGAAGAAGAAGAAGAAGAAAUCCUCUCCACCAUGAGCUCAGAGGUACAGCUCGACAAUGAUAUAGUACAAGCAGAGGAAAUACCAACAGAAAGUCCGGUGAAUGAAGGAUCUGCUACACAGACUGAGGAUGUUGAUCUCAUCCCUGUGCCAGACGAGAGUUUGACAGAAGUGAGAGCCUCUGUUGAAACUGUACCAACAAAGAUGGAGGUUUCUGUGGUGGAUGUGAAAAGGACAGAAAAAACUGAGGAAGUCACUAGAAAGGAGGAAGAUGUCUUCGUUUUGUCAGAACAAACAGACUCUGAGAAUACUGACAAGCACCCACAAAUCCAAGAAAAAGAUUCUGGUUUUGACAAAGACCAGACUGAGCCCAGUAACAGUAGCCAGACACAAGCUUGUGGGCGUCGCAACAGCAGGUCUUCUGGUGAUUGUGUUCGUAAGUCAUCCAGCUCACGUAGGUCCUGGUUGGGGCGAAGACUGUCUGAAGAUCUCUUCACUGUGCCACAGAAAACACAACCAGACCCUCAUGACCAAGAAGUGAAACCCCCUGAACCACAACCCACUCCAGGAGCUGUAGAUCCAACCCAACACCAUGAAGUCACCUUGUCACCGCCUGCAGAAGGAACUGAGAGGACCUCCACACAGCAAGAGCAGCAGCUGCCAGACCCGCCCAAACAUUUUAGUCUCUUCCGCAGACGGAAAGGGGAGCAGUCAAACAAGGCCAAACAAAAAGCACCGGCCACGAUGCAGGUGCCCAAAAUCCUGAUACAGGACUUUAGUGAUGGGACAGGGGUGGGGAAAGUAGUCAAAGAAGAGGGGCCAGAGAAACUGAGCUCCAGAGAAAGGAGGAGGAGGCGCAGGGAGCAAGAGAGGAAGGAGAAAGAGGAGGAAAAGCUGAAAAAGAAGAAAGAGAAGAAGCUGGAAAAAGAGAGAGAGCAAGAGAGGAAGAAGCCGCAGACAAAAGGGAAAAGUUUUCAGGGGGAAAAGGAGAGUGUGAGCCGGGAUGUCAAUGCAGGAUCACAGACUCUUAGAUCUUCUGUUUCUUAUGCUGAAUCUUACUUUUGACAACAUAUAUUUGUCUUUUUGAUAAUGAGGUGUUUUUUUAUUGACUGGACUAAACCAGACAGAAAUAUAUUGAUGUUUUUAUUUGAACCUCUUGAAAUGUAAAUAACUUAUAAAUGGUUUUCACAAACGUUGAAAAGUAAGUAAGUAAGUCUCUUUUAUUUUGAAGAGGCUUCCUUUCACCUUGAUCACUUCUGCGCACACUGAACCACAAUGAAGUAGAAGAGCUUUCUGUCCAGUUUGACAUAAUCCACCUCCAACAUAAUAGUUCAAUAAAAAGCCAUUAUACAUGA